AUGCUCCACUUCUCUUCAUCCAGAGUGGUGACUUCAGUGUCAUCAUCGGCAACAGGGAUGUCCUGCUCUGCGAAUGAGCAUCAGUUGCAGCACCUUCGGGUACAGCAAUUGACUGAGGCGUUGGUGCCACUGCAGAAGGAGUGCGAGCGCAUUGUGCGGGAGAACAAUGCGUUGACGAUGGAGUUAGUUGCAUUGCAGAAGCGACGCAUCGCUUUGGAGAUUCUGCUUGAACGUUUAACGCCCUUGUGA